UUACGCAUCACGGUUCACCUUCCAGUUAGUUUUCACCAUUGAAUUGAAUCAUGUUUGAACGACCUGUGUUCGGUGGGAUUGUGUGCUUUGUGGCUUUGAAUGUCGCUUUGACGAUAGCAACCGAUGUAACCACUGCAGCACCAAGCGUUACGGUUGUGAGUCCUUCAGCCGCUUCUCCUCCGAAGAAUGGAUUAUGCUCCAAACCACCCAGUGGUGUUAGCUUGAUUAAUUGUUGCAAUUUACCGACACCCUUUCCCGAGGAUCUUCUCAGCACGUGUCAGAAAGCACAAACCACUUGGCUGAAGGAUAAAACGAGUGCUACCUGUGGAUCGCGAUGUCUUCUGGGCCGGGUGAUGAACAUUUCCGAGGCAAUUCAGCGAUUUAUGCUCAAUGCAUCGGACACGUGGCUUGAUCAAAUGCAGCAACUGCCAACGUACUUCAAUGUGCUAACGAAAUGCGUGCCAACCGAAGCGUGGGAUAAAUUCACGACAAAGUUACUCGGAGAGGGGGCUGCCUUUACUGAAGCCAUCUGUGAGCUGGAUCUGCUAGGGGCGGCCGAAUGUUUUAGUAAGGAAAUAUUUCUGAACUGUCCUGGUUUCGUGAAAAAUACGCAAUGCCAGAGCGUGAAGGACUUCUUGACUACGCCCUGUCGUUAUAGCGAUUUACACGUUUAGAGUAAGAUGAUUACACCAGGGGAUAUGAAUCAAAUACCAAAUGUGUAGUGUAGAAUACCACCAGUAAGAAUAAAUUGGAUCAUUUGAUUCGCUUUAUAGUGAAA